AUGGCUGUUGCUCAGGGUUUGCCCGGAUGGGAGAGAAACGUACGCGUGUUUUUGUGCCUUUUCGGUGUAGUUUUGUCUGUUUAUGCCCUUCAUGUCGAGCUGUCCAGGGAGAGAGACCCAGACUACAGGGCGAUGUGCGACCUGGGGGAGUCUGUGAGCUGCUCCAAAGUUUUUACCUCCAGAUGGGGUCGUGGUUUUGGUUUGGUCCAGUUCCUUUUGCCCAAAGAUAGUCUACUGAACCAGCCCAACAGUGUGCUUGGCAUCCUAUUUUACACUCUACAAAUGGCCCUUGGACUCUCUUUGUCUAAAAAGGCAGCAUUAGUGUUGGUCAUCUCCUCCUGGGUUUCCAUCGCUGGUUCAAUUUAUCUUGCAUCAAUUCUGGCCUUUGUUCUGGGAGAUUUCUGCAUGGUUUGUGUGUCAACAUACAUGGUCAAUUUUGCAUUGCUCUAUACCAACCUGAAACGAAGAGGAGCUAUUGAAGCAAUGAAGAAAAAGACUGGAUAG